GCAGGGGUUGUCGUCAUCGAAGACCAGAAUAAGCUGGACAGGUUGGUGAAAGCACUGAACGAGCGCAAAGAUCCCAAGAAGGCACGAGUGAAAGCUUUUGUGGCCUACGGGUUUACCCCUGCCACCAGUGAGGUCGAGCUUCAGGGUGAGAAACGGCAGCUUUUGAGCUGGCAAGCCCUGACGGACCUGGGCGAGAAGGAACCCGACAGCGAGCUCAACGCACGGACAGACGCGCUGUCGCCGGCACAUUGCGCAGCUCUGGU